CAUAUCUCUCCUCCCUCUCUGUAUCUCUCUCUUAAAAGUUCCCAUUUCUCUCUCUAAGAUCUUCGUCGAGCUGAGUUUUCCACGAAUCAGGGUUUUUCUUGUCAGUUUCAGCUUCGUCUAGGGUUUUAGGGCUGUUCCUGGUGAAUUUGCUUCGAUCUACGGAGAAGAAGCGCUAUUAUCUUAUGGCUAAUCCUUCCACCGAUCAGUUAUUACAAGUGGAGACCACGUGCGGAACACUUCUAUACGAGCUUCAGACAAUAUGGGAUGAAGUUGGAGAAACUGACAGUGACAGGGAUAAAAUGCUGCUCGAGCUAGAACAAGAAUGCUUGGAGGUAUAUAGAAGAAAGGUUGACCAGGCCAACCGCUCUAGAGCUCAGCUGCGUCAAGCUAUUGCUGAUUCUGAAGCAGAGCUUGCAUCAAUCUGUUCUGCCUUGGGGGAACCUCCAGUGCAUACAAAGCAGUCAAGCCAGAAUCCUGGGAGUCUGAAGGAGGAACUCAAGUUUAUUAUUCCUCAUCUGGAGGAUAUGAGGAAGAGGAAGAGUGAAAGAAGGAACAGAUUCCUUGAAGUAAUAGAGCAAAUUCGAAAAAUUUCAAAUGAGAUUCAGCCUGAAGAUCACAGUAGAUUCAAAAUGGCUAUAGAUGAAUAUGAUCUAUCUACAAAAAGGCUUGAAGAAUUGCAAAGGCAGCUGCAUUCACUUCAGAAAGAGAAGUCUGAUCGGCUAAAGCAGGUGUUGGAACACUUGAGCAUUUUAAAUUCUCUGUGUCUCGUACUUGGUAUAGAUUUCAAGAAAACAAUUACUGAGGUGCAUCCUAGUUUAGAUGAGAAUGAAGCAUCAAAGAGCAUUAGCAAUGAUACAAUAGAAAGGCUGGCCUCUGCAAUCCAGAGAUUCCGAGAGCUUAAGAUACAACGUAUGCAGAAGCUACAAGAUCUUGCUACUAUGAUGUUGGAACUAUGGAAUCUGAUGGACACUCCAAUUGAAGAGCAACAAGUGUUUCAAAAUGUAACGAGUAAUAUAGCUGCUUCAGAGCCUGAAAUAACAGAGCCCAACACACUUUCAUUAGACUUCAUAAACUACGUGGAGGCGGAAGUUUCAAGGCUUGAGGAACUAAAGGCUAGCAAGAUGAAGGAGUUAGUUUUCAAGAAGAAGACAGAACUAGAGGAGUUAAGGCGACGUACACAUUUGGUUGCAGAAUCAGACAGUGGAGUGGAAUCUGCCAUAGAGUCUGGAGCUGUUGAUCCGUCUUUAAUAUUGGAACAAAUUGAAGCUCACAUUUCAGUUGUUAAAGAGGAAGCUUUUAGCAGGAAGGAAAUCCUCGAAAGAGUUGAAAAAUGGUUGGCUGCAUGCGAUGAAGAGUCAUGGCUUGAAGAAUACAACAGAGAUGAGAACCGUUAUAGCGCUGGAAAGGGUGCCCACCUCAUACUCAAGCGCGCUGAAAAGGCACGAGCUACAGUAAACAAGAUCCCAGCGAUGGUCGAGGCUUUAUCUAGCAAAAUCAUCACAUGGGAGAAUGAGAGGGGACUAGAGUUCACAUAUGAUGGACUACGACUGUUGUCGAUGCUUGAAGAGUACACCAUAGUGAGGCAGGAGAAAGAACUAGAACGGAAGAGGCAACGGGAUCAGAAAAAGCUUCAGGGUCAGCUUAUCGCUGAACAGGAAGCUUUGUUUGGUUCUAAACCGAGCCCAUGUAAGCCCCAAAGUGCAAAGAAAAUGCCGAGAACUUCUAAUGGUGGUCCAAACAGAAGGCUUUCCUUAGGUGCAGCAGCCAUAAUGCAGCCUUCAAAAUCUGACUUGCUGCACUCCACUAAACCCAUACGUUCAGCUAAGAAGCCUGAUGACCGCUCUGUCCUUUCUCAUGCCAGCAGAGGACUAGAUGUUGCUGGUCUUCCGAUGAAAAGAUUAUCCUUCAAUCCCACAAGUGCUCGAGAAGUGGAAACACAGCGAAAACCCUUCACACCUGUAGCACCCAACAACAAUAUCCCGCCAGCACCCUCUCACCAAAACACCUCGACAUCACCAUCCCAUCAAAACAUUCCGGUAACACCUUCCCAUUAUCAUCAGCAGGAGAUCCCCAAGACCCCCCUGCAAAACAUCACGAUGACACCCUCUCAGCGAGAUUUUACUGAAGCUGAGGAAAACAUGACACCGAAAAAAGUGAUGCCAAUCCCAACGCCCAAGACACCGAUGACGGUAUCUAUGCCAAUGCAGAUGGCCACCACGCCUGCCCCAGCCUCUGUUGGUUACGAAGCGACGGCAAUUAGGAAGCCGGAGGUGACAACGGAGUACUCUUUUGAAGAGAGAAGGCUCGCUUACUAUCUCAGCAGACGAGAUUAGUGUAUUUUAGGCUGGCCCCUGUACACAUUCUUUGGCUGUCGUUGCGGUGAUUUGCAAGCUUCAUUUGCAAAUACUGUCCUGUUAUAGAAUCAUAUAUGCAGUUUGUAGCGAGCUUUUGGUAGCUCCUGAUCAUGAAUGAACCUCUUAACACUGGCAAGUUAUGUUUGGAAAAUUUCACAAAAUCGUUCAUCUUUAGAUUGUUGAAACA